GGCCAAUUUAAGUAACCUGGACAGCGCGUGGUGUAAAAGUCCCAAACUUUGGCUUGCGAGAAAGGCCAGGCCAUCUCUCUCGAUCGAUAAAAAGCGCAGAGCUGAGUCUCUCUCACUCGUGCGAUUCCAUUCUCACUUUGUAUCCACUCGAUCCAAUUAUGAAGAUAUUCGUCAAGACAUUGAAGGGCAGUCAGUUCGACAUCCAAGUCAAUCCUCACGAUUCGGUUGCUGAUGUGAAGAGAAGUAUAGAAACAGUGCAAGGAUCAGAUGUUUAUCCUGCUGCACAACAGAUGCUUAUUUAUCAGGGUAAAGUGCUUAAAGAUGGCACUACAUUGAUCGAAAACAAUGUCGCCGAAAAUAGUUUUGUUGUUAUCAUGUUAUCCAAGAGUAAGAGUUCAUCUGGCGGGGGUUCAACCACAUCAACAGCAGCAGCCCCUAAGGAAACAGAAACAAGUGCUGCACCUUCUUUAGUUCCAACACCAGCAGUUUCUCAAUCUCCGGCUUCAACCUUGGCUGCACCUGCACCUGCUCCUGCCCCAGCUGCUGCUGUAGCUCCUGUCCCCGUGGAAGCUGCAGGGCCAGAGGCUGAUGUUUAUGACAGUGCAGCAUCAAAUUUAGUGGCUGGAAGCAAUCUCGAAGGAGCAGUCCAGCAGAUUCUUGACAUGGGUGGAGGCACAUGGGAUAGGGAUACAGUUAUUCGUGCCCUUCGUGCUGCUUACAACAAUCCAGAGAGAGCUGUGGAAUAUCUUUAUUCUGGUAUCCCUGAGCAAGCUGAAGCUCCUGCGGUGGCCCCAUCACCACCAAUUGGUGAGGCUGCAACCUCCCCUGGUCAGCCUUCACCAGCAGCUGCCCAACCUCUUCCCAUUGCUUCCACCGGACCAAAUGCAAAUCCUUUAGAUCUCUUCCCUCAGGGUCUUCCUGACAUGGGUUCUAAUGCUGCUGGUGCAGGCAACUUAGAUUUUUUACGCAACAAUCAACAGUUCCAAUCUUUGCGAGCUAUGGUGCAGUCCAAUCCACAAAUUUUACAGCCCAUGCUCCAGGAGUUAGGGAAGCAGAAUCCAAAUCUAAUGAGGCUUAUUCAAGAGCAUCAGGCUGAUUUUCUUCAGCUAAUCAAUGAACCCAUUGAAGGCGGCGAGAACUUACUGGGGCAGCCACAGGCUAUAUCAGUCACACCUGAGGAGCGUGAUGCCAUCGAACGCCUAGAGGCAAUGGGAUUUGACCGAGACCUUGUGUUGGAAGUUUUUUUCGCAUGUAACAAGAAUGAGGAGCUGGCUGCAAAUUACCUCUUAGACCAUAUGAACGAGUUUGAAUAAUAAUACAUGUAACUGAGCUGGCCAAAGCUCUUCUUCUACCCCCUCGUUCUCUUAUCUAUACUCUUGAAUUAUUAUAAUUUGGAUAACCCUCUGUUUUCUAUUUUACCCCUCUUGGGCGACUUAUGCUUUUCUGGAUUUGUUGUGAAGUCUGUAGAAAUAUGAAUUGUUAAAACGUAAGUAUGUUACCUUGUGGUGA